UUGAAGCAGCAGCGUUUCCUGUUCCCCGCUCUUUAGACUCACUCGCCAUUUUGAUAUAGUCGAGUGGAGCCGAGACGACGCCGUUAAAGUUGCAGAGAACCAGCGAGGUAAACAACCACACCGGAGACGCCCUGAGGAAGAAAAAGAAAACCCACCCACCCAUUAGGAGAUAACAAUGAGUGGUUGUCGUGUCUUCAUCGGCCGCUUGAGCCCGCACGCCAGAGAGAGAGAUGUGGAGAAGUUCUUCAAGGGAUAUGGACGAAUUCGGGAAAUUAACCUGAAGAAUGGAUUUGGCUUUGUGGAAUUUGACGACCACAGAGAUGCAGAUGAUGCUGUGUACGAGUUGAAUGGCAAAGAAUUGUGCAGUGAAAGGGUCACCAUCGAACACGCACGCUCCAGAAGAGGAAGAGGUGGCGGCCCUGGAAUGGGACGUUUUGGCGGCAGUGGUGGUGGCGGUGGCGGCGGCGGUGGUGGAGGUGGCGGCUAUCGCCCAUCUCGCAGCAGUGGCUCCAGACUGGACAGGUAUGGACCUCCUGUGAGAACUGACCAUAGGCUCAUUGUGGAGAACCUCUCUUCACGGAUUAGCUGGCAGGACCUGAAAGACCUGAUGAGAAAAGCAGGCGAAGUUACCUUUGUGGACGCUCACAGACCCAACAAAAAUGAAGGAGUGGUUGAGUUUGCAUCUCGAAGUGACAUGAAGAACGCCAUCGCCAAGCUUGAUGGGACAGAACUGAAUGGACGCAAGCUGAAGAUCUUUGAAGAUAGCAGAAGUCACAGCAAGAGUCGCUCCCGUUCCCGAAGCUACUCUCGCUCAAAGAGUCGUUCCAGGAGCCGCAACCGUUCCAGGAGCCGGUCCAGGUCUGCUAGUCGCACCCCAGAGAGGAGGUCGUCAGGAGGGGGCAAGGCUGCUGCCAGAUCCCCCUCCAGGUCCAAGUCUCGUUCCAAGUCCCGCUCCAGGUCUCGCUCGCGUUCACCCGCCCCGGCUCAGAACAAACAGUCCCGCUCCCGCUCUCGUUCUCGCUCCCGAUCUCGUUCACGUUCACGAUCCCGCUCUGCCUCAGCAGACAGCAAACACUGAGGUUGGUACACCCGUAGGCCGUAAAAUAGACUGAUAGUUGCUCACCAUAGGCCUGAAUGGUGGCUUUUGAUUUUUAAUGAAGGGGAGGAAAUUGCCUUUUACAUGGCUUCUUUUGAAAUAAGAUCUUCAGUCAUUAAUGUGCCCACAUUUGGCUUGUUAUGCUUUGUUCUUUUUGUUAGGAUGUGCUUCCACAAGAUUUUUUUUUCCCCCUCAUGAUUUACAGAACUCCACCUUUUUAAGCCCCUUCAUAUUUUGAUGAAAUACCAAGUGACAGGGAAAACAUUUUGAUCAGUGAUGAUACCCCGUCAGAGUCUUGCAGCCUGUCCUAGCUGUCAGCCAUGUUACGAUUCCAUCCACUCCCCUGUGCUUUGUUGAAGUGUUCAGAGCAGUUCAAGGUUAGGUGGGAAUGGUAUUCAUUCCCCAAAAUGUUGAGUAUGUUUUUUUGUUUGUAGUGCGAACUCUUGGCAUUGUCAUAAAACUGUGAUUCUGCUUCUGAUGUCACGUGAUGCAUUCACUGCCCUGAUAUGUGAACUUAAAUGCGAGCGUCUCCGUUGGUGGUUUAUUUCAGCUUUCUUGUGUAAUGCUUAUGGAAUCUGGUAUUAAUUUUUGACGGGCUUUUUUUCCCCAACACUGCUGUAUCAGGACAUCUUCUCGUGUUUUGUGAUUAAUUUUCUUUGCGUUCAUGUACAUUAUCUCCAGCCUUGGCCUGUGGUGUGUCGUGGGUCAGAACACAAGUGUGUCUAUUUCAGCAGGAAGUCUCUAAAUAAGUUUAUUGAUUUGAUACUAAUAAAAACACUCACUGCAUAUUGUCAUUUAAUUUUUUAGUAAUGUCCAGAAAUGAAUGGUGACUUUUUUUUUUUAAUAUUUUGUGAAUGUGGGUCAAGAGACUCGUACAUAUUGAAUAAAGUCUCUGCAAUUUAACCGAAUAAAGCUUUCACAAACUGUUAAA